GUAUUGAUCAGUGAAUUGCCGAGUGUGUAGACGAACUAUUACGUCUUGGUUUACUCAAGAAAAAAAAAUAUCUUUCGUUAUCAAGGAUGUUAUCUUAUCAGUCCUUAUCAUAAGACUUCUAUAAUGUUAAUGGACCAUUGAUAAAUCUCCUUUCAGUUUGUGAUUAUUCUAGUACAGACCAAGGUCUGAUAAAUAAUUUUUACUUUACUGGUAUAAUACUGCUUCGACAUUGAAUUCGUUCUUCAUUUAACAAGGCAUUUCGUAAUCAAGGCUGACAAUAAACCAUAACAAUUUCACUUAGUAAUAUUGAAAGAAUUGCUUAUGAGAACCAAGUGUUUUGUGCCUCUAUUUAAUUCAAUAAGAGUAAAAUUAAACUUACGCAAAAUGAGCAUUGAUAUUGGAGGAAUGAGAAUCAAAUAUAAAGAUAAGGAUGACACAUUUCUAGAAAAACAUUUGGUGUCCAAUGAACCAUUUGGCCAAUUUAAGGCAUGGUUUGAAGAUGCUUGUGCCAGGAAGGAAAUUUUGGAGCCCAAUGCUAUGUGCCUAGCCACUGCUACCAAAGACGGGUUCCCAUCUGCAAGAUUUGUACUUCUGAAAGCUUACGGCAAAGAUGGAUUCAAGUUUUUCACUAACUAUGAAAGCAGGAAAGCUAAAGAAUUGGCAGAAAAUCCAAAUGUUGCUGCCACUUUUUACUGGGAAGUAUUAAAUAGAUCAAUCAGAAUAGAAGGUAGUGUAGAGAAGCUUCCUGAGGAAGAGUCAAUAAAAUAUUUCCACUCAAGACCAGUGCCGAGCCAAAUAGCUGCCUGUGCCAGUUACCAGAGCACUCCUAUUGAGUCCAGGGAUGUUCUGUGUGAACGUGAACGAGCUUUAGAGGCUGAAUACAUGAUUCCCAAUAAGGAAGUGCCUAAACCGCAGUAUUGGGGUGGCUAUGCUAUUAUUCCAAGAUCUGUGGAGUUCUGGCAGGGCCAGAGAGACAGACUUCAUGAUCGCAUAAAGUUCAGGAAGCCUAAGUCUGGUGAAGUGCCUGAUGGGAAACUUCUGCACCAAGGUGAAGAUGGAUGGGUUUUUGAAAGGCUUUCUCCUUGAGGACUUAAUCUCAAUUUUUGUAUCACUGCAUUUUAGUUUAUUUGGUCCUAUAUUGUUGCCUGUAGAUGUAAUGUGAUAGUUAAGCAAAACAAUGGAACAAUGAGGUAAACAUAAUUCACAUCAUAAUUAUUAUUAUUCUUGUUAUCUUAAAUGUUUUGGACUAUUGUUUUCUUUUCUAAUGAGAUACUAUUAAGUGCAACAUUUAAUUUGAUGAAAUGUAUGUUUUGUAUGGAUUUUAUUAAUAGAACUGGAGGAAUUAUGUUAAGCUUAGAACUAAGGAUGAUACUGUUAUGAUGAAGUCUUCCAAACAUUUAUAGAACAAAUAAUUUAUUUAAUCAAUUAAAAAUAAAUCAUGAUUUCUUGUUA